AUGGCAGCCAUUCCAGGUGAACCAAAGGAAUCGCCUAAACCCCAGCCAAUAGGCAACAUGCCCAUCAUAUUCCUGUUCACGGCCUGCACCCUCUGUGCACUUUUUAUCCUGUGGCGAAGAGCUGACGCGCUGCGGAGGGUCGUCUCUCACAGCCUAAAGACAAUCACAAGCCGAAACGACGGUCGAAUCAGGCUAAGCGAAGACGACGGCCCGCCAGCACACGAGUUCCUGGAAGACGACUACGACGAGGACAACGCGCACUUGAACGAUUCGGAUGACGAGCCGCUAUCGGAGCAUGUGAGGAAGGCGACGCAGGCGUGGAGAGAGCCGAAUGACCCGGAGGAGAUUAGGGUGCUGGACGCAACACGGACGCCACGUUGGGGUGCUUGA